GAGGCACGGCGCUGUAUUUCGCGCAAAGCUAACGACUGGGGGCCAGUCUUAAACCGAUCACGCACCAGACACGCACUUUUACGUCGGAGACGGAGGUCCCAACCCAGCAUCAUACAGGCAAUUCAGAAUGUCGUCAUCGAAACGAGCGCCUUGUAGGACGGCAACCAGUUUAGUCGCAUUGCUGCUCAUCGGUCUGCAAUCAGGGGUCAACUGCCUGCGCAUUCUAGCCAUAUUCCCUCUGAACAGCUAUAGUCACUCAGCCAUGUGUCAUAGCUUGGCCAAGGGCCUAACGGCCCGUGGCCACGAGCUCGAUGUUUACAGCUUCUAUCGGCUGAAGAAUCCACCGCCGAAUUACCGAGGUUACAGUCUCGCACGUGGCCUAACGGACUUUAGCAACAACAUGUCUUACGACAUAGCCAUGCAGCUCCAACCGUCAUUAUCCCCAAGCUCAAUGAAGAACGCGUUCGAGAAAAUCGGUACACCGAUUUGCAGGCUCAUGGAGCUACCGGUAUUCAAUGAUCUGCGUGAAAAAAACUUGAAGGAUGGACCUUACGAUCUCGUUAUCGUGGAGGUGUUCAUGGCAGACUGUUACCUGGCCUGGGGUCGACACCUUAACAUACCUAUGGUGGGCGUCGCAACGAGACCUUUGAUUGAUGGCUACAAUGACGCUUUGGGAAAUCCUUUCAAUAGCGCCGUGACACCAGGAUCCAACACGGGUUUCCAAAAUCCCAUGAAUUUCUGGGAGAGACUGGUCAACACUAUCACUAGCAAGUUGUUAAAUAUGAUCAGCAGAUACUUCAUGGCCGAGCAGGAUAUCUACGUCGAGCGCAUCUUUGGACCAGGCUAUCCUACCGUUUCUGAACUCGAGAAGGAUCUUGACCUGUUGCUCAUCAACUCACACUUGUCGCUAGAAGACCCAAGCGCUAUUACCCCGGCUAUAAUCCCCGUGGCCGGUAUACACAUAGCCGAUGACGAUACCAAAUUACCCGAGGGCGUGCAACAAUGGUUGGACGACAGUGUCGCCGGCUGCAUUUACUUCUCGUUUGGCUCGAUGGUUGUCAUUGAAUCGUUCCCCAAACCAAUGUUGAAGGCAUUCUACGAUAGCUUUAAGGACAUCGCGCCCAUGCGAGUGCUCUGGAAAAUCGACAAACCACAGCUGCUGCCUGACGGUCUACCAGCUAAUGUAAUGACUCAGAAGUGGUUUGCUCAGAACCAAGUUCUAAAGCACAAAAACACAAAGGUCUUCGUGACACACGGUGGUCUCAUGAGCUCGCAGGAGGCCAUACAGUUCGGAGUCCCGAUGGUUGGUAUUCCGAUAUUCGGCGACCAACAUCAGAACGUGGACGUCAACGUUAAGAGAGGUAUUUCAACGAAAGUCACGCUAUCCGAGCUUAUGCAGGAAACAUUCACAAAAGCGAUUACUGAACUUAUACGGAAUCCUACCUACAGAAAAAAUUCAGAGAAAUUGAAGAAUCUGUUCAUGGACCGCCCAAUGUCACCAAUGGAUACUGCUGUCUACUGGGUCGAGUACAUUGGACGACACGGCAAAAAUGCUCUGAGAUCACCUCUCGUCGACAUGCCCUGGUAUCAGAAGAAACUACUCGAUGUUUACGGUUUCAUCCUACUUACCCUUUAUGCCAUAUACUUUGUAAUGAAGCUUCUGGUGAAAACAUUUUUCGGUAUAAUUUUUAAGAAAAAUUGUAAACACAACACGGCAAGUAGGAGUAGGAAAUCAGCGAAGAAGGAAAGUUAAAGUGCAAAUCGUGUAUAUAAAGCAAUGAUUUAUGUGAAUGUCGGAAAUUAAAUAAUUUUACGAUUACCUUUAAGUUUUAACAGGAAAAUAAAGAUGAUAAAUAUUUUUAAUAAUUCAA